AAAAUUAAAUUCAAGUGUGAGGUUAUGUUUGUUGUGAUGCUCAUGUUUUGAGUUCUGAUUUUACAACUUUUAAUCAAUUAACACAAAAUGAUUGAAGAAGUGCAAAGACACUCAGUACACACGUUGGUGUUUCGAUCUUUAAAACGUUCCCACGACAUGUUCCUCUCUAAUCAGGGACAAUUACCGGCCGUAGAUGAAAAAGCGGAAGCAAUUCGACGGUUGAUUAAAGCCCGUGACAGUUACGGUUUAGUCUUUGAUGAUAUAAAGAAGAUGAAAGCAAUGAAACAACUGCAUGAUGUAGAAGCAGGACCCAAUCCUCCACCACCAGGUACGAUUGCCGAGAACACUGAAGCUGUAGUCCCAUAUACAACAACAACAAUUGCUACAAAGACACCCUUGCCUGGACAAAACGCCCAGGGCCAAAGUCUGAUGAAGAGGGCAAGUGUGAUGCCAAAACCAAAGUGGCAUGCACCCUGGAAGCUUUACCGAGUUAUUUCAGGACAUUUAGGAUGGGUUAGAUGCUGUACAGUUGAACCAGGCAAUGAGUGGUUUGCAACUGGUGCCGCUGACAGAAUAAUCAAAAUCUGGGACUUGGCAACCGGCCAACUAAAGGUAUCCCUCACAGGGCAUGUGAGCACAGUCCGUGGAUUAGCAGUGAGCACCCGCCAUCCGUAUCUCUUCAGUUGUGGCGAGGACCGGCAAGUAAAAUGCUGGGAUCUCGAAUACAACAAAGUUAUUCGUCAUUAUCACGGCCACUUAUCCGCUGUGUAUUCACUCGCUUUGCAUCCCACAAUCGACGUGUUACUUUCAGCCGGUAGGGAUUCAACUGCACGUGUAUGGGAUAUGCGUACAACAAACGUACACACUUUAACAGGUCAUACUCAUACUGUUGCUAGUGUGAUUGCACAGGCGGCCGAACCGCAAGUUAUUACUGGCUCACAUGAUACCACAAUCAGGCUGUGGGAUCUUGCAGCUGGGAAAUCAAUGUGCACAUUAACAAAUCACAAGAAAAGCGUCCGUAGUCUUGUUUUUCAUCCCACUUUAUACAUGUUUGCAUCAGGAUCACCUGAUAAUAUCAAACAAUGGAAGUGUCCGGAUGGAAAAUUCAUUCAGAAUUUGUCUGGUCACAAUGCCAUCCUUAAUUGUCUAGCGGUUAAUCCAGAAGGUGUUCUUGUCUCAGGCGGUGAUAAUGGUACUCUACAGUUUUGGGAUUGGCGUACCGGAUAUAACUUCCAACGUUUACAAGCUCCAGUGCAACCUGGUUCGAUGGACAGUGAAGCUGGAAUAUUUUCAAUGACUUUCGACCAUUCCGGAUCAAGAUUAAUCACGACUGAAGCUGACAAAACCAUCAAAAUCUACAAGGAAGACGAUUCCGCCACUGAAGAUUCUCAUCCAAUCCACUGGAAGCCGGAUAUUUUGAAACGGCGCAAAUUUUAAAUCCUAAACUCCAUCUUUUACUUUUAUACAUAUUUAAUAAUAAUAAUUUCUAAGUACAAGAUGAAA